AUGGGUCCGAAAUGUUUUCAUAUAUGUAGUAUCGGGAUUGAUUUUGUUACGGGGUUUCCUGAAGUUGAAGCUGGUGAUGGUUCUAGAGCCAGGUACGAAGCUAUGUUGACAGUGGCCGAUCAUCUUAUCAAUAGCUGCCGAUUUAUACCAAGGAGAAAAGAUGUUACCGCGAAACAGUUAUUGAGAAUUUUGUGGGAUAAUAAGUUAGAACAACACUUGGAAGGAGAAAAACUUUUAGCUCAGGCGUCAUUGGGAAGGGCUAAGGAGCUAUAG